AUGAGAGCAAGAAAUGUGCACAAAGAGGUUGCCCUCGUCUGUCGCUGGCCGCGCGCUAGCGCACCCGCGUGCCGCGCUAUCGAUAUCGACGAAAACAAUCGACAUAGUGUUGUGCCCAGUGCUAGUGUUGUACAAAACAUCACCUCACUAUCGAACGCUAGAGAGGCAGAUGGAAAGGACAACUCGGAUGUUACCGCCUCCCCGCCGCAGGACGUGAUCGCUCUGGGGUUUUCUCAUCGGAAAAUGGUAUGUGUUACCAUUAAAACCAUUGGUAUUUCA